AUGGCGACAUCUUUUCCAAACGCACCGCCGUCUGAAAAAUUCCCGGCAUUCCAAGAUCCGGCCUACAAUCCAGGAUACACACGAGACUUGCGUAACCCAUCAUCUCCAGAAUCCCGUGGCAGAACACCAAGACGAUGGGCAGAAAAAAAUCAAGGAGGCGAGUGGAACAACUACGGACAGAGUCCAAACUUAUCAAACCCUCCACUGGAUUCGAGAUCGAGCAUUUCCUCCAUAACUCAUUGGCAACAUCCUCCCAGAGAUGCGGGAGGAAUGCCUUCGCCUCAUAAUCAACUCCAUUCGUCGGCCGCCGUAUCGCCACUAUACACGGAAGGUUACCCGAUACCGCCAAAUCCUCAAGACCGGCGGGUAGCAUCACUCUCGCUUUCAUUGUUUGACCCCGAGUCAGCCUCUGCCCCCAUCCCAACGUCACCACACCACAGUGUUGCAAUCAUGACCGACCCCCUCGGACAAGAUGGCUCCAUUUCUUGGGAUCCUUUGCAGCUUGGGCCAGGCAAUAGCACGAUGGAGGAGCAGCUCGGCAAUUUCGACAAGGAGCUUUGGAAUCCGCGAGGGUAUAUGCUUCCAUCUGAACCGUCGACAGUACCCAGCAAAACCAGUACCGGCCCCGGCACCAGUGCGAGUGAUUUUGACGGUGCAGAUUCAUUGCAAAAGGCCGCGUAUCACGGGCAUGCGAAGGUCGUCGAGUUACUGCUCAACAGUGGCGCGGAUAUCAGAGGGAAAAACUCGCUUGGGGAGACAGCCAUCCAUCUUGCCGCCAAACGCGGGCAUCAACCUGUGCUGACCCUCCUGUUGGAAAAAUGCUCCCAUGCUCAGGUCCAAGGCAUGGUCCAGGACGCCGACAACAACGGCCAGGUUCCAUUACAUCUCGCUGCACGGAACGGGCAUCGCACUGUAGUGCGGAUGCUCCUGAACGCGAACGCCAAUGCCAAUAUCAACGCAUGCGAUCUCCGGGGUCAGACGGCCCUCCACGUUGCGUCUGCGGACGGCCACGUGAGAGUGGUCCAGCUACUACUGGAGCGGGGGAUCAACAUCAACCAGAGGAUGAAUAGUGGGUUGACAGCCCUGCACAAGGCGGCGGAACAUGGGCGCGAUGCUGUAGUAAGACUCCUGCUGGAGUGCGGUGCCGAUGCCAAUGCAAAAAGCCACGAGGGUUAG